GGGCGGUCAGGUGACGGCGCCCGCUGGCAGUGCGGCGGCUCCGCGGCUCGGGGCUGCCGCGGGGGAGCGGCGAGACCCGCGGGUUGAAUUAUUGUUCACCUGCUGUGCUUCCAAUGGAUUUUUUUGUAUUCUUUAACUUGUGGUGGGAAGUCUCCCAGGCUGUCCUGAAGUGUUUCUCUUGUAUUUUUAGAGCCAGGAUUCCAGUGGGGAAAUAUUCUUGACCUUUGUGCCUGAGUGGUUCUUGAGGAUGGCAAGCAAAGGACCCACGACGUCUGCAUCCACAAAGAGCUCCAGUACUGGAGGGACCAGUGGCAGCAGUAACGGUGCUGGGGAAAGCGCUAAUCAGGACAACACUUUUGAAUGUAACAUCUGUUUAGACACUGCCAAGGAUGCAGUUAUCAGCUUGUGUGGACAUCUCUUCUGCUGGCCUUGUUUACACCAGUGGCUAGAGACCAGGCCAAACAGACAGGUGUGCCCUGUGUGCAAAGCAGGAAUCAGCCGAGAUAAAGUUAUUCCUCUGUAUGGAAGGGGGAGCACUGGGCAGCAGGACCCCAGAGAGAAAACUCCUCCAAGACCUCAAGGACAGAGACCUGAGCCAGAGAACAGAGGGGGCUUCCAGGGCUUUGGGUUUGGCGAUGGUGGGUUCCAGAUGUCGUUUGGGAUCGGGGCCUUUCCCUUCGGUAUAUUCGCGACGGCAUUCAACAUAAACGACGGGCGGCCUCCUCCAGCUGUUCCAGGGACUCCUCAAUAUGUGGACGAGCAGUUCCUCUCCCGCCUCUUCCUGUUUGUGGCUCUGGUGAUAAUGUUCUGGCUGUUGAUUGCAUAAAUCUUUCCCAUUAUUCUGUAUAUUCAUGGCCAACGAGGUCACCGAAACAGUUACAAACUGCAUCUCCAUCCCAUUUUAAACUUCUUGGUGUCUGGUUCCAUAGCUAACUGUGGGCUUCAGGACUUGGUGGUACCACAACGCCACGAGGAGUCUCGCGUUUUGCACCAGAGUUGGAAAUUAAACGUUGGUUAAAAAGCGUAUUGCAGCUCAGCUGUCUUGUGCAACAGGUUCCUGCCACAAACGGUGGGCUGAGCUUUGAGCCCCACUCCUGAAGGGAGUGCUGCUGUGAAACCCUGUGCCAAUCAGUGACACCAGAUUUAUGUGAAAGACAGUUGCCCCAAGGUGAGCUGGGCAGGUAAGGCAACCCCUGGAGUGGGAUCACUGUCUCGGGCUUGGCAGCCACGAUGGAUCUGCCAGAGCUGUGGAUGUUGUUCAGAGUCUUCACGUCAACACCCAGCCUCCUUCAGGAGAUGCUCUGCAGCACUGCUGAGACUCUGGGCACAGCAGGUGGUGCAAAUGGAACCAGGUUUGUAGACUGGUUUCUUUCCUUGUGGCUGUUGCCUGGCACGGUGGAAAGCCCCUCCUGAAGCGAUUCCAGUAGCUCUCAGAAGAAGGGAUACAAAUCUAUGCUGCAAUUUCAUAAAGCCUGAAUUUGCUGGAGCCAGACCGUGGGAGCCUCUCUUGCUGUGGAGCCGGGCAGGGCUGCUGAAGAGCAGCACACAGCUGCCGGCCUCACCCGGCUCAGCCCUCCCUGAACAAACAGUGUUUUCUUCCUUGGUUCCAUGCAGCAGCCCAAGGCUGCACUCCUGGAAAAAUCCCCUCACCACCUUGUCACUGUAGCUACAUUUAUUCUGCCCAAGGCUCUGAAACUCUACACACGGUGAUGUACUCCAAAUAAAAUCCUAUUACAGAUCUGAGAUCAGCUUGUUUGGGAAGAGAAACAAAAGGCAUCUUUACCUGAGUGUUGACAUUAAACCUGUCAUGCUGUAAAGUUAUACAGGAGGAAAACUGAGAUCCUGCCUUUGCUAGCACGUGCCACGGUAGGGAACAUUUGGAGGAGCUGCACUCUACAGGUGUGUGCAGCAGAAUGGCUGCAGUGCAAGAGUCUCUGCAGUGGCUACCAAAGAUAAUACUUAAAGUGCUGGAGGAGAUCACAGCCAUUUCUGUACUGAGGGGAGAAUAUCUGAGGUUGGAAUCCUGUUGGGGAUACAUCUUUAAAGAGUCUUUGUAUAGAUUCCUUCAGAGCAGCAGAUGGGAGAGAUUCCCUGCCAAGAUGAGCAGUUAGUGUGUUUCUCUGACUAGGCAAUUCCAUUUCUUUUUUCUUACAGUUUUUAGGUUAUUUUUACUCUGAUUGCUGACAGUCAUAAUGAUUUCCUGCAAGAUUGAUGUUGUGACUUCCCUGGCAGUAGACAGAUAGCUGACAAGUCAUAGAAGCUUUGUUUCACUAGCUAGGGGUUUGCUAGUGUGUGGAUAAGGGUCCUGGGUGGGACACCUUAAUUACUUGUUGUAGAAGCUUAUUUAUGUAAUUAUAAACUGUUCACUUUUAGUAUCAAGACAGAGGAUGACUGAAGUUUAACUUGCCUACCUCCAAAAUUCCUCUGGCAAGUAAAAUGUUGGAAAGCUUCUGCAGUGUUUUGCCACAUAUGGUCAAAUUUAUACCAGACCCAAGGGUAAUCUGGCAGAAUAUAUUGCUCAGCUGUAAAUGACAAAAGCGGUGCUUCAGCUUCGGUUGUGUGGCACAUUUAAGAAGCUUAACUUUUUCUGUUUGUGGUUCAUCUCAAGUGCGUGACUUGGUAACCAGGACCCUUUCCAGGGGAAAGGCUGCUUGUGGCAGUUACUUUGUGAGCUAUAGCAGCGUGCCGCCAGCUUCGGCUUCCCUGCGUGAGCAGGCAGGCAGCACCACCUGCUGCUGGAAGGGCGAAGCUGGUGUGGCACUGAAAGGGACGUGUUUGAAAAGCUCGCUGCUAAGAGCAGGGCUGGUCCGGGGAGGAUCAGGAUCUCCCUUUGAACUUUUCUUUCCGAUAAAGAGGACAGAAAAGUGACUGAGAGUUUCAAGAAGUAUUUAAAGUGACUUAACUAGCAUAUUUGAAAAUACUGAAUGUUAAUGGCUUGGGCUUUUUUCCAUCUACUGGAUUUAGGUGGAGGUGGCUGCAGAAACGCGACCGAGAGCUCUUAUUUUCUGGCAAUCCAAGAAUGAAAUAGUCUGAAAGUGUUAACGCUUCUGUCCCUACCUUUUUCUCUAUGUUUUGUAUCGUAACACUUCCUCUCCUUGUACUUGGACUGCACACAGCCCGUCAUGGCUCUUCUAGUGCAUUACCAUUACUGUUCACUAAUUUUCACUGUUGUG